CAUUAUUCACCAUUCAGUGCAGGGACUGAGGCACGUACAAUCUGACACCACAAGCAAAGAUGUUACGCAGUGUUGCACGUGCCAUUGGAGGAACAAGAACAGUUGCCUGGAGGAGUCUCUCUACCUCUAGUUCUCUGUCAGCCCAUAAGGGAUACGAUGUUCCUAGUACCACCGUUAUGGAUUUUACAAAACCCCAAUAUUGUGACCGCCGUGAGUACCCCCUGCCGGAUGUACCAUUUGUUUCUAACUUAACCCCAGAGCAAAAGGCCCUGAGACAGAAGGAAACUGGACCUUGGAACCAGCUAACCAAAGAGGAGAAACUUGCAUUGUAUCGUCUCAGCUUCUAUCAGUCCUACAGUGAGAUGACAAAGGGAUCUGGUAACGAGUGGAAAACCAUUGUCGGAGCUGUGCUCUAUUUCUUGGCUUUUGGAGGAGUAAUGCUUUGGUGGCACCGUAUAUAUGUGUACGGGCCUGUUCCUCACACCCUCUCUGAGGAUUACAUAGCAAAGCAGGCAAAGAGAAUGAUCGACAUGAGAGUGAAUCCAGUCACUGGCUUUUCUACCCAUUGGGACUAUGAGAAGAAUCAGUGGAAAUAAAAAUGUUUUUGCAGAAAUGACAAAAUGUGCUUAAAAAAUAUAUAAAUACACAACUGUACAGAAAAUCCCAUCUGUUUAAUACUAUUUUUAAUGUACUACUUGAAAUACCCAAUAAUAAAAUAAAAUGAUGAAAUAACAAAA